AGAAUUGAGAAAAAGCAGUUAUAUGAAAGAGGGGAAGAUUUCAGAAGAGUAAAGUCAAAUGGAGAAACACUGUAAAUAAUCCUAAACAAUUUUCCUAAGGAACAUAGAUUUGGAGAAUAUUUUGAACAUGAGAGAAGUUUAAACAUUUAUCAUCAGGAAAUCCUCUUUCCUCAAAAAAUUAAUUAAGCCAUGAUGACUCACAAGAAUGCCAUUAUAGAGGAUGUCACCAAAAAAUGUAAUGAACUUGAGGCAGAAUCAGUAUUCUUUGUACAUCAUAAAGGAAUAACAAAAGAAAAAGUUCAUGAAUGUGAUAAUUGUGGCAAAAACUUUGAGCAGAAAUCAGCUUUUUUUCUACACCAGAGAAUUCACACUGCAGAGAAACCACACAAAUGUAAUGAAUGUGGGAAAAUUUUCAGUCGAAGCUCAAACUUGAGCGAACAUAAAAAAAUUCAUACUGGAGAAAAACCAUAUAAAUGUAAUAAAUGUUCAAAAGCUUUCAUUUGUAGUUCCCGGCUCAUUCAACAUCAGUUAAUUCACACUGGGGAAAAAACUUAUAAAUGUUAUGAAUGUGGUAAAGCUUUUAGUCUGAAUUCACAACUUAAUAGACAUCAGAAAACUCAUACUGGAGAUAAACCAUUUGAAUGCAAUGAGUGUCAGAAAACAUUUAGCCAGAGAUCACACCUUAUUCAACAUCAAAGAAUUCAUACUGGAGAGAAACCUUAUGGAUGUGAUAAAUGUGGAAAAGCCUUUGGUCAGAAUUCUCAGCUGGUAUUACAUCAGAGGAUUCAUACAGGAGAGAGGCCUCAUGUAUGUAAUGAAUGUGGGAAAGCUUUCAAUCAAAGAUCACUACUUAUUAGACAUCAAAGAAUUCACACUGGAGAGAGACCCUAUAAAUGUGAUGUAUGUGGAGAAACCUUUAUUCAGAACUCACACCUUAUUCUACAUCAGAGAAUUCACACUGGAGAAAGACCCUAUGAAUGUAAGGAAUGUGGGAAAUCAUUCAGUCAAAGUUCAACUCUUGAUCAGCAUCAGAUAGUUCAUACUGGUAUAAAACCAUACAAAUGUAAUGAAUGUGGGAAAGGCUUCAGUUGGAGUUCACGUCUUAUUCAACAUAAGUUAAUACACACUGGAGAGAAACCAUAUAAAUGUAAUAAAUGUUCAAAAGCUUUCAGUUGCAGCUCAGGCCUUAUUUUACAUCAGAGAACACAUACUGGAGAGAAACCCUAUAAAUGUAGUGAGUGUGGAAAAGGCUUCAUUCAGAGUUCACAACUUAUUCAGCAUCAAAGAAUUCAUACUGGAGAAAAACCCUAUGAAUGUGAUGAAUGUGGCAAAGCCUUUGGUCAGAGCUCACAACUUAUUCAACAUCAAAGAAUUCAUACUGGAGAAAAACCUUAUGGGUGUGAUGAAUGUGGGAAGGCGUUUAGUCAAAGCUCACAACUUACUCUACAUCAUAGAAUUCAUACUGGAGAGAAACCUCAUAAAUGUAGUGAAUGUGGAAAAGCUUUUUGUCAGAGCUCACAACUUAGACUACACCAGAGAAUUCAUACUGGAGAGAAACCCCACAAAUGCACUGAAUGUGGGAAAGCUUUCACACAAAGCUCACUUCUUAUUAGGCACCAGAGAGUUCACACUGGUGAGAAACCUUAUGAAUGCCAUGAAUGUGGGAAAGCUUUCAGCCAGAGUUCAACUCUUGUUCAGCAUCAGAUUGUUCAUACAGGAGUGAAGCUUUUCAAAUGUAAUCAAUGUGGAAAAGCUUUUAGUAGGAGUUCUUACCUUAUUCUACAUCAGAGAAUCCACAGUGAUGAGAAAUCUACCCAAAUUAAUUAAUAUGAAAAUUUUCUGGUACUUUUAAGCUAUAUAAAGUUGCCUGGAAAAAAAAAAAAACUGAAUGUGAUAAGUACAGGAAAGCCACAGAUUGGAACUCAUACCUUAAACUACAUUAGACUAGUAUUUGAGAAAAAACUAUAAAUGUAACACAUAAGAAAAAGCCUGCACUUUUAGUAGCCUUCAUUUAAUUUAUAUCACAAUAGUCAUAUUGACAAAAAAAUCAAUAAGAGUUUUGUAAUGGUUUUUACCAAUAUCUCAUUUUUCAUCCUCACAGCUUUUGGUGGUAGUUCCUCAUCUUGUUUCAACCUGUGAAUGAAAAAGAAUCUCGCCACACUAUCCUUAUCAAAUAGUUAUUUAAAUUCUGCUUGAAGACCUCCACUGAUAGGAAUUCUUCUUCCUCCUGAGGCAGCUUAUUAUCCUGUUAAACUACAAUUUGUAAAGAAAUUUUUUCUUAUGUUGUGCUGAAAUCUGCAACUUUAACCAUUGUCUCUGGUUCUGCUUUAGUGCCAAAUAACAAAUUUAGUCCUUUUCCUCAUUUUUACCCUUUAUGAUACUUCAUGUCUUCCUUAAAGUUUUAUUUUCUCCAGACUAGUGUUUCUUAAAAUGUGAUCCAUAGCCUCUUUUCAGAAGUUCCUCAAAGUCAAAACUAUUUUCACAAUUGUAAUGUUUAAUUUUUAAUAUGGUAAAUAAACAAAUCAGUAUGGUAAAUAAA